AUGUUGUUUCCCUUGGCUAGAAAUGUACUACGCAGUCUCAAGAAUCGAAGCAUUCAGCAAAUUUUGGCAAGACAGAGCUAUAUAAAAUAUUCACCAGAUUUUCAUGACAAAUAUGGUAAUACCAUGCUAGCCAGCAAAACCACCUUCUGCUUUGUAUCAAUACUUGUCAUCACACAGAUUGGAAUAGAAUGGAACCUGUCCUUUGGUAGAGUCAUCCCAAAGGAGUAA